GCUUUCCUUUCCUCGCCGCCCUCCCGAUCUGGCAGGAAAGGGAUCAGGAGGCUUGUAGGAUCCCAGGCGCACUCGAUCCCCUUCCAAAACGACCCCCGUGUGGAGGGAGAAGGCGGGGAAAGGGGAGCCGCAGGAGGCAGCGCUUUCCGCCUCUGCCUGUCAUUGGCACCUCGUCUUCCUCGCCUGGGUCUCCACCCGUGUCUUUGCCUGUGGAUGCCUCUGAUCUCCCCUCCCAUAGAGGAAGAGGCGAAGGACACCUUGGUUCCGGAAGAAAUUGAAUUGCCAUGGGGAACCAGGCUGGAAAACGAGAUCAUAGUACUGAGAAAUUAAAGAAUCCUGACACAAAAGGGGAAGAAGAUGAAAAUAAAGCAAGCUCCAAAGAAGCCCAGCUAACUCACGAACCCUCAGAAGACAAUGAAGUUUUUGGAGAGGCAGAUGUGAACCAGAACAAUGGGACCUCCACUAAGAGCACAGCGGUGACAGACUCCAAGGACACAGCAGACCCAAAGAAUGCCUGGAAGGAGGCCAACCCAGCUGACACAACUGGCCGCCCCCAUUUGGUCCGCCUCUUUUCCCGAGAUGCCCCAGGGAGAGAAGACAACACCUUCAAAGACCGGCCUUCUGAAUCAGAUGAGCUGCAGACCAUCCCGGAAGACAGUGCAGCAGCUGCUUCUGAGAAUUCGGAUUUGAUGGCUUCACAGAAACGCUCGUCUUUUCGGCAUGGAUCCAAACUUGCAAGUGCAAGUAUCAUAGACCAUGCUAGACAUGGCUCCCCAAGAAGAUACAGGGAACCGGGUCUACUUGACUCACUGGGCAGAUUCUUUGGAGGUGACAAACAUGUUCCCAGGAGGGGCAAGUCUCACAGUACCUUUGAAAGGCAUGAGAGCAGUCACAAGACUUCCCUUGGUCUAGGACGCUGGGAGCUUUCAAGUUACACAGCUUGCAAGUUAAACUUCUUCAGGUGGAAUGGAAAAGUAGCUAAGUCUCAGGACUAUCACCAUGCUGCCAGAGCUAGCCACGUAAGUUCCCUGCCUCACCAAAGGUCUCAGCGUGGACAUUAUGUGGAUGACAACCCAGUAGUCCACUUCUUCAAGAGCAUUGUGUCACCCAGGUCAACUCCCCCCAUGCAGGCAAAGGGGAGAGGAUCGCCCUUCAGCAGAUUUAGCUGGGGUGGUGAAACUCACAAGCCUGGCUAUGGGAGCGGCAAAUUCUUUGAACGUCAAAAGGGACAGAAGGGAUAUGAUGCCCAGGGAACAUUGUCUAAAAUCUUUAAACUGGGAAGCUCUGGUUCCCGACCUGGAUCCCGGUCUGGUUCUCCCGUUGCUAGGCGUUGAAGCUCUAAGGGGUCACUGAAGGGCUACGUUCUCUGCUUCAUAACAUAGGCUGCCUUAAAGAUCUAAUAACCAAUUGCAGAAUUCCCUAGAUAGAAACACAAUCUAUUUGUUAAAGUCAGAUGAGUUGUGCAUGCAGUUGAAGUCCACAAAAUUGUAUUGGCAAAAGAUGAACAAAAGCAAACAAACAAACAAACAAACAACCCACCCUCAACUUGCAACAGUGCUUUUACUUGCUGUCAGCCUUACUUUAAGGAAAGUAACAGAAUUCCCCAUAUUAUUCACUCUUGUUCAAGGUGUUUCCAAAGAAUAUAGGGCCUUAAUUUUCAAGCUCAUCCAAUAUUAAGUCCCUUUCAUAUUUCUUUUUCACUAAACUUUAAAUAACAACAUGAAAGACAUACAGUGGUCUAAAUUAGUGUUUCCAUUAAUGAACUUUGAGAUCUCUGCUGUAAACUGUAAUAACAAUAAAAACAUGUGCAGAAGUUGCAAGGACUGUUUAUCCAAUGGUUUUGUUUUGGUUUUGGUUUGCUAUCAUUUAGUUUUUAUUUUUCUUUCAUACCCCCUUUCUCUCACAAUUUUUUAUUUAUUUUUCUUAACUGGAGUAGGCAGUCGUGGAAAGGUACAUUAAAUUGUGAGUACAAGGUAUGUUGAGACAUGGGAGAAGGCAGCUGUUACAGUUUCAAUGAGACCGAGCAAUGGUAAUAAAGAGUCAUGUGCACUUAAGGGAGGUUCCUGUGCAUAACUAAUUGCUCGUCACGCCCAUCCGAUUAGGAAUUAAGAGUGGCUGGGAGAGAGAAAACAGGAUAUCAAACUUGAAUUAGACUCAACACAAAUUGAGGGAUAAUCCCAAAGAAGGAGAACCUCGACCUGGCCAGGUGAACCAUGGGUGUCCCUGCAGCUCCAUACAGGCACUUGCUGCAAAGUAAGGAAAUUUUUUUGCAGCUUAAAUAAAUAUAGUCUAAUUUCUAAAUGAUAGAAAGCCCUUUGGUGAGGAGGUUUCAGAUAGUAACUGCACAUAUGAAGUUAACAUUUCUAGAUGUGUUGUGUUAGCACAGCAGAGAUGACCAUGCAAUGCAUCAGAGCCAACGGUGCUGUUGCACUGCAGAUAACAUACAUUAAAACUAAUGAACUAGAAGUAGAUUUUAAUGGUUCGCACAUACGUUAAGGUAUACACAUGUGGAAAUGGAUUUACCCAUCUACAUGAUGAAGAAUGCUCUUCUGAAUUGCACUGUUUUAUAAUAUUCAACCUAUUCUGUCUCUAAAUGACCUUUCUUUACUCAUGCAAUGUUUUAUUUCAGCUUAUUUACAUGUUGUAGAUGGUAGAGUUAAGACUAAGUUGGCACCUGCCUUUAGCCGGGCUAUUAGAUAUAUGGAGUUAUCUGUGUUAAUGCCAACUGACAUGUAGUGGAUGUGGUUGUUGUUACUGAUAGAUCACUUUAAUCUGCCAUAGUUUUCGAGCAACAUAUUUAAUAUGCAGCAAUGAAAGAUGAGAGGGUAGAAAAACCCAGGAACUAAACAAAACAGAAUAUCAAAACUUUGAAGCACACACCUAUUACAACUUCUUUCCAAAUGUCAUUGGCUAUGUGUAUUUUUCUAUGUGUAGCCUCACCCAGUUGUGUAUUCCACAACAUAAUAGUGAGUUUCAUUUAAGUGUAUUGUUCUUAAAAGUGUAUGAAAACAACUCAUAAAAAAUCAAUAUUGAAAUAAAAUACUCAACUUUUAAUGAAA